AUGAAGAGUCCCCCGGGGCGCCGGCCUACUGUCCCAAGGUUCUCUAGGCCCCGGCGCCGGGAACUCUUCCAGUCCGGGGCCGCCAAUGGAAGCGAGCUCCCGAUACUUGAGGCCACUUCCCUGGGUGCAGCAGCAGGGGGGCCUGGGGACAGCUCCUUGGCUACCUCAGCCCCGAACCGGGGCCAUCCGGGCUCCCUGCCUCCCUCACCAAAAGGGGAGCAGAGAAGCCGCAAGGUUGUGAAGGAGAAAGGGGAAGGGGACCAGGGGAAGGGCGAGUCCUCCCGGAGGCCGAAUGCCCGCCAUGUCUCCGUGGAAGGAGAGCGUCCCCCGCUCCUUCCCUUGGCAAACCCUGCCAGCAAAGCAGGGCAGGGCCGCCUUGUGCCGCUCUGGCCCGAGGCUCUGACGGAAAGCAGCCCCAGGGAAGUGGGGCAGCUGAAAGGAUCCAGAGCCCCCAACGCCAGAUUUGCAAACAUGGACAAAGAGCUGCGGAUGCAGCCGGAGCCGAGUGGCGGCAAGAAGCUGCCAGCGUCAAUGGCGAGUAAAGCGGCCCUCCCGAGGGUGAAGAGCCCCGAGACCCAUCCCGAGGCCGGCCAAGAGGCCUGGAUAAAAGACGUGGAUACGCUGCGCAGGCGCAUGCUGGAGGCGAUCCCCGAGCUUCAGACUUUGGGGAAGAAGAAGGAGGACAUGGCCUCUGGCGUCCGAACCCGCCAGGGCAUUGCCCAGAUCCAAGAGCGUUUGGGAGCCCCAGCAGGAGCCUCGGCAACAGCCCCGGUUGCCUUGCGCCUCCCUCCUCUCCUUUCUCUCUCCUGGAAGGUGGGAAAACCCAAAGGCCUGGGGGCCCCCAAGGACAGCAGGGACCAAAUGGACAGAGGGCCGCAGCUGCCGCGCAAGCGCAGUCCAGAGAAGAAGCUCCCCGGGUGUUCAGCUCAGCCAGGGCAAAUCCCGGGGAGGACGCCCCAAACGCCUGCCAGCUCAGGCGUCUGGAUAAAAGACCUGGACACCCUGCGCAGGCGCAUGCUGGAGGCGAUCCCAGAGCUUCAGGCUUUGGGGAAGAAGAAGGAGGACAUGGCCUCUGGCGACCGAACCCGCCAGGGCAUUGCCGAGAUCCAAGAGCGUUUGGGAGCCCCAGCAGGAGCCUCGGCAAUAUCCCCGGAAGCCUUGCGCCUCCCCCCUCUGCCUUCUCCCUUCAGGGAGGUGGACCAGGCGAAAGGCCUGGGGGCCCCCAAGGACAGCAGGGACCAAAUGGACAGAGGGCCGCGGCUGCCGCGCAAGUGCAGUCCAGAGAAGAAGCCCCCCGGGCAUUCAACUCAGCCAGAGCAGAAAGUGCCCCUUCCGGGGAGCACCGGCCAGAAGCGGCCCAGCCCGGAGGCCUGGAAGAAAGACCGGGGCGCCUUGGGCAGGCGCAUGCCGGAAUCGGUGCAGGAGUUACGCGCUCUGGGCAAGUGGGAGGACAAGAGGGUCGGCCCUGUCCGAGCGCCCGAGCCUCCUGCCCAGACCCACGUCCCUUUGCCAGCCCCGGCAGCAGUCUCGGAAACAGCCCCGGAAGCCUCGCGCUUCCCCACUGCUCAUUUUCCCUCUCGGAACGUGGAGCAGCCCAGGGACAUCCGGAACACCGAGGCCAGAGGCCGGCAAGCGGACAGAGAGCUGCGGGGGCCGCCAAAGCCUUGGCGGGACCGAGGGCCGUCUGAGAGUGGCGCUGAGCCGCCAGAGGAAGCGGCCCCGCUGACCAACAAGCGCAAGAGGGGCCAUCCUGAGCCCACUCCGCAGGUCUGGAAGAAGCUCCGGACCUUCCUCAGCGCCAACAUGCCCGAGCCUCCCAAGAAAAAAAAUAAGCUGGCUGGCUCUGUCGGGGUCCCCCGGUCACCUCCCAAGGUCCAAGAGCGCGGGGGAACCCCGGCAGAAGGGCCCGCUCCCAGGCAGACGCAGGCUGGCCUCUGGGAAGCUGCCAGAGACACGACAAGGAAGGCGGACGAAAAGCCGCCUCAGCACAUCCCCGCUGGGCCUGCUCUGCGGGUGCCAAGGGCGCGUUGGUCUCCAGCUCCCCGGAGAGGGUGGAGGCCUGAGCGGGAGAGGCUGAAGAGGAAGGCCCAGCGGGAGCGGGAGCUCGCUGCCAACUACACGGCCCUGGGCAAGAGGAACUUUUUCGAGGAGCGGCAAAAGGACAUGGAAAUCGCAAGGUCAAGACUGAAGAGAAGCCUACAAACCUAAAGGGGAAAGUGAAAUCCAAAGGAAGCUUGAAGCAUCGAUGGUUCCAGAAGAAGAUAGAGACCUCCAGCCUUUAUCCCCAAAAGGUAGAAAAGGAGGGAAAUGAUGGGUCACUGCCCAGAGUCUGCUCAAAACUCCUAUCCUAAUUUAUUUGUCUUUAACAGCCUUGUAAGCUAUUAGGCUGCUAACUAAGCCCUAAAUAUUAUAUAAAGCUAAUUUAUUAGACUUCCCUUAGAGUCCCAGUAUAAUCUUGGGGACCUGGAAAAUUGAUCUGCUAGUCUUCUUCUUUGCCUAAAGGUAAGGGGAUCCUUCACAAUUUUAAGUCUAAUUCUUCUAAAGUAGCAGGGCCCUUGGGAAAACCCAGUCUCUUUGCUAGAGCAUGGGCUGAUCCCAUAGCAUAAACUGGGGUGCUAUUGAUUGUACUUAUGCUGGGAAUGUUUUGAAUAAGUCUUUUUUGUUUGUUUUACAUAGAUCCUACUCUUUCUGAGAUGGAAGUCAGCUACAAGGAUAGAACAAGGACCUUCUAUCCCAUUGGACCUACCCCUGGGGUGUUUUCUCAAAAACUGGAAAAAAAUUUAGAGAAGGAAAUUUAAAGAGGAAAAUGGGGAGGGGCCUAAUCCUCUCUCAGGAUCCCUUUCUUUGUUAUUCUUGCAAAUUGAUUUUAGUAAGUUCUAUCCAUAAGUUCCACAUUAAAAAGAAAAAAGCCUGACUUUUUUUUUUCUUGUAAACUCAGCACUGGCUAAUUUGGGUCUACAGAAAUCAAGUUAGUUAAUUAAAGUUGUAAAACUGCUAAAAAAAGAAAAUUUUAGCAGAUUCUGGAGGUUUUGAGAUUAAUCAUUAAAUUAUUUGAUACUGUCUUGUUUCCUCCCUAACGAGAGGAAAACUAAUUUGCUCUUAGUAAAUACUAAUUGAUAAAUAAUGGUUCUUUUGAAAUUGUAGAUUUGAGAUUUGACUUGUAACUAAAAACUUGUGGAGAAUGUUUAAAACUAGCUAAAACUGGUAAUUGCUGCUUAUGGAAAGGUGGGGUGAGGUAACAAAAAUCCUUAUCUGGUUUGGCUUUGCAUUUAGAGUUAUUCCCUUCCCCUCUUCACAGAAUGUGGGAGGAGGUGAGUAGCAUAAAAUCAUCUCUUUAGAUAUCAAGAAAAGUUGUAAAUUUUCUAUGAUGAAUCUCUUAUUACAAUUGUAUGAGAUAAUCAUUAUUAAAUGGUGUGUUCUAAAAUUGUGAACUUGUUUAUUCUGGGUAUAAGAUCUUUGAAAUUUGUGUACAAAUAUUGAAGUAUUACUAAAUUACUAAAAUUUUAAAUCUAAGUAUUAAAACAAAGUUCUUUGGUAAUUUGUUCAAAAGGAUUACAUGUUUGCAUGUCCUAAAAACUUAUAUAAUUACUGUGAAUAGGACAGUGAAAAACUUUACCUAGAUUUUAUUUUCAGAUCAGUUAUCCCCCACCCCUCACACUGUUUGGGGAAAGUGGAAGAAAAAUCUCACAAAACCAUUGUUCCUAGCAAGGUCAUUGGCCCUAGAAAAUGACCUUGGUAUGGAAUAUGAAAUUGUCAUACAAGAAAGAAAAUACAGGUGACAAUUUCGUUAUCAUUUCAAAAAAUUCUUAAGGGUUUUUGGUUGUAAUCUGAAAUUUAGGAUUGAAAACUGCAAUGUAGUUUUAUUUUAGAUCAAUUAGCAAAAUUAUAUAUGUUUACCCUUCUCUCACUGCUUGUGACUGCUCUUUAUCCCAGCCUGAGCCCUCUUCUCACUUCACUGAUUAUUAGGGAAGGUGGAAAAAAUCCCACUCAUGCUCAGCACUUCUAUGA